AUCAUCCAGGAACUUGGUUGAAACGCGACCGUCAAUGUGAUCAAACACAUCUAUACAACUACUACCAUAUUUAGGUCGUAUUAUCCACUUAGGAUUCACUCUGGUAUAUACCCGGUCGUUUUAACUUCGUACUUAAUGUCCAUUGUCGGUUUAAUGAGAAAAUUGUCACAAUGGCACAAUCGUGAUGUGUGCAAUCGUAUCGAGCCGCUCGAGCUUCUGGCUCUUUUCAGAUGAACUGUCAUGCUAGUUGUAGCUGGUCUUCCGUAAUAUCCAUUACAACCUUCUACACUAUAUAUAACAUCAAGUAGCGUGUCAUAUAUUUGAAAUAAUUUCUCAUUCAAUUCAAUGUAAAAUUAUAUUUUUCUCGAGUGUUAUAUCGCGUGUGUAAAUUAUAUAUUUACAAAACAUUUAUCUUUAUAUCUUUAUAUAAAUUUUAUUAUUUGCAAAUGUACCAGAUUCGAAAUAACAAAAUCUCGUAGAUAUAUAGUUUUUUCCAAUAGUUUUAAUGAACUGAAAAAUUAACAAGUAUAAAAAUUAAGGAUUUACCUUCUAAUUCAAAACGCCUAAAGGCGUUUGAAACAACCACAAAAUUCCAUUUUGCAACAAAAUGACUGCGGAGGGUAGUAUGGAGGAUCGUCAACCAAAUUGGUCGCAGGAUAUGCCAACAGUGCAGGAAGUCGGCGAAAUGAUGCGAAGUUUUGGCUUAUGGGAUUAUGGAGUUUUUGGGUUUAUGUUGAUCGCUUGUGGUUUUGUCGGCAUUUACUUCGGUUUUAUUAAGAAAUCAUCAGGAGUAGAUGAAUAUCUUGUAGGUGGCAGAAAUAUGAAAACAUUUCCUGUUAGUUUGAGUCUUAUAGCAAGUUUCAUAUCGGGUAUUUCAUUAUUGGGUACACCGACGGAAGUGUACGUACAUGGCAUUAGUUAUCUUUGUGUCGGUUUCGGAGUUAUCAUCGUUGGUAUUGUAACGUCAGGAAUCUAUUUACCAAUUUUUCACGAACUCAAACUCACAAGCACCUAUGAAUAUCUCGAAAGACGAUUUGAUAGAAAGAUCAGAACAUUAGGAUCAGUACUUUUUUUAAUUGGCAUCAUGACAUGGCUUCCUAUUGUUAUUUACGUGCCAGCAUUGGCUUUUAAUCAAGUUACCGGAGUAAAUGUACACGUAGUUACUCCGUUCGUGUGUAUUGUGUGCAUUUUUUAUACUUGUGUGGGUGGUUUACGAGCAGUAGUAUGGACUGAUUUUAUUCAAACCUUCAUAAUGUUUGGUUCUAUGUUACUAAUUAUCAUCAAGGGAACAUCUGAUGUAGGUGGAUUAUCAUUAGUAAUAAGAAGAAAUCUGGAAUCUGGAAGACUUGAAUUACCUACGACAGAUUGGAGUCCUCUUACGAGACAUACGAUCUGGUCUCUCGUGGUUGGUGGUUUUUUUCAUUGGUUACAAAUAUCCGUAAUCAAUCAAAAUAUGAUUCAAAGAUAUCUUGCAUUACCUACAUUAAAAUCAGCUAGAAGAGCACUCUGGAUUUUCAUAGUCGGAGUCUUGAUUUUAAUGGGAAUAUGCGGAUACGCAGGAAUGUUAAUAUAUGCUUGGUACCAUGUAUGCGAUCCACUUACUACAAAGUUAGCAGGCGCGAAAGAUCAAUUGUUACCAUUACUUGUUAUGAAUAUAUUAAAUGAAUUCCCGGGUCUUCCGGGUCUUUUUGUUGCCGGAGUAUUUAGCGCAGCAUUGAGUUCUUUAUCUACCGGUUUGAAUUCGAUGGCUGCGGUAGUAUUGGAAGAUUUUAUUAAACCUUUCAGAAAAACGCCUUUUUCUUCGAAAGCCGCUGAUAUUUUAUUAAAAUUAACGGUAGUUGUUCUUGGAGUAACUUGCGUAGCCCUUGUAUUUGUCGUUGAGAAAACAGGAUCUCAUGUAUUGCAGUUGUCCACGAACUUAGCCUCCAUUACUAGCGGCCCUUCUCUUGGAAUUUUCAGCAUGGGUGUUUUGUUACCCUGGGUAAAUGCUAAGGGUGCUCUAAUAGGUGGUAUUUCUGGUUUGGGUUUUAUGGGAUGGAUUAGCCUUUCGGCUGAAGCAGCGAUCGCUAGUGGAAGAAUAAAAUUUGACGAGAAACCAGUCAGCACAGAAGGAUGCUAUUACUCGUUUCCUCAAGUGGAAAAUUUAAUGUUACUCGAGCCUCCAGAUACGAUUUUGGAUAAUGACGAAUUUCUUCCAGAACCUCUAGCAUUAUACCGUCUCAGUUAUCUUUGGUAUACUGUAACUGGUGCAUUAGUAACAAUGACCAUCGGUCUUGUUGUAAGUCUUAUUUCAUCUGAAAAUAUUGAAAAAUUAGAUCCAAUGUUACUGGCACCGUUUAUACGAAAAUUGUUAAAGACAUCUGACAAAGAAUCCCAACAAGAGGCUGGAAAUUUAGAAAUAAAUAAUUUGGAAAUACGUAGAACUGGGGAAGAAAACGUAGCUGAAAGUGUAUUACAUUAGUAUGACCUUGACUUGAUGAUCAUGAUCCAUGUUGAUCGAAUCAGGGGUCGGCAAACUGUAUGAGAUGAAGUGUUUGGUUGACAGGCUGAAAUAUUAAAUUAAGAGAAUUGAGUCUAAAAUAAGUUAAAUCAAUGGAGAAAAUAAAGUACAAAAUGACUCGAGUUAGAGUUUGGAUGAGUUAAAAGGCCGAGGCAAGGGAGACGAACUUAUCUAAUAUAAUUUUUAGUUAGUGAAACGAAAGAGUUUGAUAACGGACUAUGAAAUAUGAAUAAAAUUUAAUAGAUUUUUUACACUUAUUCAUAGAUAUAAUAUUCAUAUGUAUAUUUCAACAUUAACAGAAAUGUACAAAGAUAAUAUAUAUAUAUAUACAUUAACAUUCUAAUAUUAUAUUAGCAAUAUUUUUAAUAAAAUUUUUAACUUCGCUGAAAAAUAUAACAUUCAAAAUAUAAAAAACGAUUAAAAUAUAAGUUUUUUCUUCCAUUUUCAUUGUACAUAAAGUUAAAAUAUGGAAUAUAAUAUUUGAAUAAUCACAAAAUUAAACUAAAAUAUAUAUUUUUCAUAAUACUUAAAAAAUCAUUAUAAAAUAAUAAAUUAUUAUAUAAUAUUAUAUAAUAAAUUAUAUCUAUACUUUUCUCAUUAAUUCAUUCGAACAUAUAUACAAGCAAAAUAAAAUCAAGAAUUACAUUUUCUUUUCAUUUAUGUACAAACAAAUUAGAUAAAUCAAAAGAUAAAUUCAAAAAUAAAUAUAUCUCUGAAAGAGAUAUGUUUAAAACUUACAAUAACUUUUUAGAUUAUAGAUACUAUGUUCAGCAUAUUACUAUUACUAUUAUUACAUUUUUACACUAAUCAUAUAAUAAAUUAAGAUUAUUUCGAACUGUAAAAAUUCGUGUUCGUGCGUAACUCGUGCAGUUUGUAUUUAUAUAAAAUUAAACAUCAGAUUAUAAUAUAUUGUAAAUAUGUAUAGAGAUUUAGAUAUUAUCUGAAAAAUACAAUGUCUAACAGAUUGAUCGUAUCGCUUAAUUUGACGUGUAAAAAAUUGUACUGAAAUUUUGUACUUGCAGGGAAUGAUGCACAAACUGCACAAGAAUUUCUUCCUAUAAAUUUCAAUAAUGUGAUAAAUUUUAUAUAAUGUGAUACAAACGUGUAAUAGUGUUAGUAUUUAUUAUAUCAAAUAUUUUUCAUCAUUGCGUUUGUUUCAUAAUGUCUCGUUUUAAAUAUUUAUCGUUAUCGUAUUCUUAUAUAUUUCUUACAUAAUAUAAUGUAUAAUUAAAUAUUAACUCAAAAAAAAAAAAAGAAA